CAAUGAGGCUCUGUGUAUUGUAGUUCCGCUAUUGCCUCGGUGCACCACACGGACAAACGAUUGUCAAUGGACUAUGUUAGACGGAUCUCUAUGGGUUCAUGAAACGGCUCCCUGUGCUUCAGCUGCGCGGAUUUUCAGACUUGUAAUCGCAGCCAGCUUUCUUCUUAUCCGGGCGGAAAGAGAGAGACACAGAGAGAAUAAGGACUCAUUUCCAAACACCAAAAAAUGCCGUGAGUCUUGAAGUUUGGUGGAUUUGUGUUCUUGUAGAUCCUGCUAUCAUUGGCGAUCAGUCGCUCACUUUACUUCAGUCUAUUCUUUUUUUUUUUUUCAUUAUCUACAAUCCAGCAGCCUGAGUGUGGCACGUUUAAGGAAAAAAAAGUAAGCUGACGAUGUUCCGGGGAUGUAAGCCCCCCGAUGUAGACUGAAGUUGUGCGUGCUAUGAUUUUGAAUCAUCCCAGGGUGUUUCAUAUUGAAUAUAAUUUAUCUGUGAGCAGAGGUCGAGUCGUUAAGCAAGAGUGGAUUUAUUCCAGCUGAGAAUCCAUGAGCCUCUUGUGUUAGUAAAUCAUUUUAGUUUUAAUUAGAGGCUGACGUGGUAACACCCCAGAGAGAGAGAGAGAGAGAGAAAGACAUUAAAACAUUCUGUAACAUUUAGGACUUUUGGAUUGCCUCUGGUGGAACAAAGUCUGACCUUAUCUCCUUUUUAUAGACUAUUGUUUUUAAUUUUACCAUAUCAGUUUGACAAGAUUUUUGUACAACAUUUCUUUAUCAACUAUCAAACCUUCUCUCUCUGACUUGACUGUGUGAACUGUAGUCUUUUUUUCUUUGCACAUGGGAUCAUAGCCGAGUCCGUACGUCUUGUUUCCUUCCAUGCCCGUACUACUGUGGUCCCAUUAUAAGCUCAGUGGAUUUAAAGUUGUCGUGGACCAGCGGGCAUGGGAGAAGCGACCCCUGCCCAGGCAGCUGCAGGAGCAUUCGUACCAAUGUUGGGUGUCGGUUUAGGAGCUAUGCCCGGUGGGGUGGGCGCCGGGCCGGUGGUCGCCACCAACAGAGGCUCCGCGGUGCCACAGCUGCACAACGCCAUCGUGGAGCGUUUACGCGCCCGCAUCGAGCUGUGCAGGAGGCACCACUCCACCUGCGAGAACCGUUACCAGCGGGGACAGGCGGAGAACUCGGACCGGGAACACGAGAGCACCCUCCACCUGCUCAACAUAGUCCAACAAGGACCAGGGAACCGGAAGGCUAAAGGCAGCAGGGGGUCGAACCAGCAACCACCAGAGUACAACAGGGCCAACGGAGAGCAGAAGGGUGCCGAGGGCGAGCAGAAGAUCUCCACGCGCAUAGCGCUUCAAGGAUCGUUGCGAAGGAAGCUCGAGGGGCAUGCACCAGGACAUGCACAAAAGCAGAACGGGGUCUCCUGCGGUUUCUCUGGAUCAGACUUUAAGCGGGUCCGUGUGGAUCCUGGUGGUCUGGGACAUGGGCCCUGCCACCAUUACUUGUCCCAGUCUCAUUCUCUGCAAGGGUCCUCAGCUAUGGGUAUGCAGAGGAAGAAUUACAUGAUGCCCCAUGGAGUAGGGUCUGACAUAUUUAACAUGACCCUGAAAGAAAUGAAAAAAGAGCCCACUGAGGUCCCGUCUUGUGGUCAGUCAAACUCAGACAUGAUUUUUGACUUCAAAGAUGAGGGCGGGGGUCAAAUUGACCCCGAUCUUCAGGAUCUUUUUGACGAGCUGACAAAGUCGGUGCCGACGCUCAACGAUCUGGAGUUUGAGAAGAUCCUGAAGCAGGAUGACACAUUCGGUUUGGAUCUGGGUCGGCCAAGCUCGGCAGGAGCAGCUGCUAGUUUGUGUUCUCCGUUGGAUAAGCCGAUAAAGAUGGAGCCCUCUCCGGACUUUGGCCAGGUUCACGGAGGCUCUCCACAGCUUCGACCGGCCUCAGCAGGACCCUCUUUCACGCUGACCAGCACCUCCUCUACAACCACAUCGCAGAAAGCUAACACUCAGGCAGGACACCCCAGAGCUAUGCCCUGCUGGCCAGAAAUAUCCCACGCAGAGCAGCUGAAGCAGAUGGCAGCGAAUCAGCAGCAGCCAAGCUCUCUGCUCCAUCACCACCACCAAACGCCACCUGCAGGAUUGACCAGCUGGUCUCCUGCUAUGACCACCCACUCCUCCACCAGCGCCUUCCCCCAGGACAAGGUCUCCAGCCCGGCCCCGCUCAGCCAGCAGAGGAUCGGCUCCCAGGGUAAAGGUAUCAACUGCCUCUUCAAGUCAAACGGCCACAAUGGCUCCCAUCAUUUAGACAUGAAGGUUCUCAGCACCAAGCCCACGUUGCACUUCAGUCCUAAAGCCCCACAUUCUGCAAGCCAGCCUCUGCCUGUCAUGGCAAAUUCAGUGAACAAGACUUCAGCCCAGCAGCAGAUGCAACAGUCUCCAAUGACCAGCCAUAAUCAGCCGCAUUCAGCUAUCCACUUCCAGAACCAACAGAUCUCCACAUCGGGGGCGCAUUGUCUGCAACCCAAGCCUACUCCCGCCGGGAUACCUCUCAAACUGGCACAACAGCGACAGGCUGGGCCUCCCGCUCCAAGGCUGCCCACCAAUGGAAACUUAGGAGUCUUGUCAGCUCAGUCACAACCGCGGCUUCCAGCACCCAACAACCAGCAGAAAGGCCCGGCCAAAACCAUGCAGAGACAGCUGAACCAGCAACAGCUCACCAUUAACAACUCGGACAAAGAUAGUAUGCACGAUCAGUACAGUCGUCACCUCACGAGACCGCCCCCUGACUACAAGCAGUCAAGAAGUAUGGUGGGAGUUCAGCAAGGAAACGUGUUCACAGGUCAAAACUCCUCCCAGUCCUCCAGCAGUGUCCCUGAGAAUGACCUUCACUCCAUGACUUGUCACCUCCAGAGUGGGCCCGCUUCAAAGAUGACUCCUUCCCCAUCAGAUCGCAGAUUUGGCAUCGGGACCGACUGUCAUACGAGUUCUUGUAUCGGUCCAUUCCAGCAGCAUAACAAUCAGAAUCGAAUUGGACUACAUCUGAAUAAAACAAGGUUUCCAGGCCCGAACGUCCCGAACGUCCCGAACGUCCGUGGAAAUACAUUUGGGAUGAACAAUGUGGGAGGUGGUCAACACCCCAGAAUGACAGCUGAGCUGCAUCCCUCCGGGGCACCAGGACAGGGUGUCGGAGGCUUGAUGAAAAAUGUCAACUGGGGCUCAGCCAACAAGCAGGUGACACAAGGACUCAGUGUUAGGCGGCUUCCCAAUCCCCUUCAGUCUCAGGGUGCACAGCUGGACAUCCAGAACCAUCCGUACCAACAGAGGCACAUCGGCCCCCCCAACCAGGUAGCUCCAGAUAUCGGGAUGCUCCCUCUUAAUACUCCGAUAAGGGACCCGGGCCUAAGACCGAGCCAGCCACUGAUGGGAUCUCCUUCAGCAGUGGGGAACCUGAACCAGGCCUCUCCUGAGCAGAGGGUACCAGCAGGAGCCUUUGCAGAGCCCAGUCCCAGCUCCGGUAGCUUUCAGAAUAACCGGGCAAACCGUCUGACCUUUGACUUCCUCCCUGAGGGAGACAACACAGUUCCAGGCAUCAACACAGACUCAGACUUUAUCGACUCUCUGCUCAAAUCGGGCUCUGGGAACGACGAUUGGAUGAAAGAUAUAAAUUUGGAUGAGAUUCUUGGGAGUCACUCGUGAAUUUUUGCUCAGAGAUCGCUUAAAAAAAAAUGUCCAGCACCUCAAAUUAUAGAGAUAAUGGAUGUUAAAAUGCAAGGGGUAACAUUUUUUUAAAUACUGUUUAAAAAAAAAAGGAAUUUUAUAAACUCAUAUCAUUUGUUAUCCUAGUAUACUGUAUUGUUUUGUAUUGUAGUUACUGUGAAAGAAUUUGUGUUCUGUCCCUAGUACCACACACAUUUUACUCCCGGUAUAUCGGCCAAGAAAGUGCUUUUUCUUUGCAGUCACUGUUCUCGUGGUUUGUUUGUCAUACUCAUGCUGUAGUGCUGUCGUAUACCAUAAAAAUACCCAAUUCACACUGUGAAAAGAAAACAUUGCUGUGUUGCUUUCUAGUACAUCAUGGGAUUCCAGGUUCCGUUUCUGAAUCUGCAUCCACUAUUUAGCAUGAAAUGGGAUUUACCUUCAGAAGUUUUGCUACCAUUCACACAGAGAACAAUGUUUUCUUACUUACUCUUCAAGCUUACUCAUCUGUGGUAGAUUUUGAUGCAAUUUAAAUGAUGUAACCAUUAGAGUUCUUUUUUUUCCAUGUGAUAUUUAAUAAUUAUUGGGAUAGUAAUGAGACAUUAUAAUACAUGUAAUUAAUGAAAUGAUUUGAAUAAAUGAAUAUAUAAGAA